AUGGCAUUAAUACAAGAGUUGCAAGCGCAACAGAAUGUACAUAUGUUUGGACAAAAGCCAAGAUGUGAUCAAGAGUUCUGGAAGAUUGUACAAGAAAGGAAUACUGUAGAUGAAGCACAAUUACCAACACCAGUAGAUGAUAUUAUGGAUAAUACAGUUUUGGAUGAUGGGCUUGUAAGUACAGACGGCGCAAUGAACUCACCAAUGACUAUUGACAAUGAUGCUUUUCCACUUUACGAUAAUACAACAGCAGAUGAUGUUAAUUCACCUUUUCUUCUUGAUCAGUCUUCAACAUCAGUGUGUGCUGCACCUGUUCUUAAUCCACUGUCUGGUGCAAAUGUUUCUUCGAAUGAUAAUCUUAUUUCGUUUGAUUUGCCAAAAUUACCUGCAAAGGCUGUUUCGCAGUGUUUAUUACCAUCAAAUCCAGUUUUGCUUUUGGAUACUCCUACAUUGGUUGUUUCUUCGAUUGAACCUAAUUCGAAAUCUAAUAGCUGUGUUAAUAUUCUGGAUGAAUUAGAUGCUCUUGUAAAUACCCCUGUUAAAACGACUUCACUUUCUUCAUUGUCCUUAUCAACUGUUGUUGUUGCUUCAUCUAAUACUAUCGCAAUUCAAACUUUGUUCCUGCUUUCAUUUCACCACCAUUUAAUUCUUUACCGUCUGUUGUACAAUCUCCACGACAUGAGUCAGUGCGUAAACAAGCCACAGAAAAUUAUCUAG